AGCUCAGACAGGAGGCAGGAGCAGGUUGGGUCCUGCAGUUACGUUUCUAACAGGACUGGCUGCUCCACAGACCCUUGAUUCAUAAAGGGACACAAUAACCUGGAAACGAGAGGAACAGGCAACAUGAGUAUGAUGGGGGCCGAGGAAGACAUCCCACUGGGCGAGAGGAAGACCAUCACUGAUUUCUGCUACCUGCUGGACAAGUCCAAGCAGCUCUUCAACGGACUGAGAGACCUCCCUCAGCACGGACACAAGCAGUGGCAGUCCUACUUUGGACGCACGUUCGACGUCUACACCAAGCUCUGGAAGUUCCAACAGCAGCACAGGCAGGUGCUGGACACUCGCUAUGGACUCAGGAGGUGGCAAAUUGGGGAGGUGGCCUCCAAAAUCGGGCAGCUCUACUACCACUACUACUUGCGCACAUCUGAGACCAGCUACCUGAGCGAAGCCUUUUCCUUCUACUCGGCCAUCAGACAGAGGUCCUACUACCACGAGGUCAGCAAGGAGGGAAGGCCAGAGCUGGUGGUGAAGAAACUGCGGUACUACGCCCGCUUCAUUGUGGUCUGCCUCUUGCUGAACAAGAUGGACCUGGUUAAGGUGCUGGUUAAGGAGCUGACGGACGAAAUCGAGGACUACACCCAGCGCUUCAACACGGAGGACCAGCUGGAGUGGAACCUCGUGCUGCAGGAGGUGGCCGCCUUCGUGGAGGCGGACCCCGUGAUGGUGCUGAACAACGACAAUGCCAUAGUGACCAUCUCCAGCCGACAACAGGACGGUGCUGUGCCCCAGCUGGAGCCAGGCAUGGUGGUUGGCCAGCUUGCUCUGGCAGACGCCCUUAUCGUUGGCAACUGCAACAACCAGGUGAAGUUCAGCGAGCUGACCAUCGACAUGUUCCGCAUGCUCCAGGUCUUGGAAAGGGAACCGAUCAACCUGGCUGCACAGUCCGUCAAGCCAGGAACGCUGGAGCCCAGCGAGAAGCCGGCCAAGAGGGAAAACCCCCACAAGUACCUCCUCUAUAAGCCCACCUUCAGCCAGUUGUACACCUUUCUGUCUGCCUCCUUCAAGGAGCUGCCGGCCAGUAGCGUCCUGCUCCUCUACCUGUCUGCCACUGGAGUUUUCCCCGUUGGACAUGCUGAGUAUGAAGGCCCCUAUGACCUCGGGGGUGUCAUGACCAGCAACAGCCGUGACUCGGUCAACGAGGAGACGGUCCAGAGGAGGAGCCAGGCGCAGAAGGAGAUGCACUGCCUCCACCCGGGGGACCUGUACCCCUUCACCAGGAAGCCUCUCUUCAUCAUCGUGGAUUCAUCCAACAGCACGGCCUACAAGAACUUCCUGAACCUCUUUGGACAGCCGCUGGUGUGCCUGCUCUCUCCCACAGUGUACCCCAAAAGCAUCCAAGACCGGUCGCAGCGCGGCAGCCUCUUCACCCUCUUCCUGUACAGUCCGUUGGUGGCCUUCCUGUCCGUGUGCGGCCUGGGCAGCCUGCGCCUGGGCUUGUGGGAGAAGGCCCAGGAGCUCCUGCACCUCGUGUACCGUGAAGUGGGCCAGAUAAUCGCCCGCUCCCGCAGCAUAGACCAGGCCUUCCUGCAGUUCUACGGGGACGAGUUCCUGCGCCUGCUCCUCAUCCGCUUUGUGUUCUGCUCAGCGGUCCUGAGGCUGCACAAGAUGUUCCGCGAUUCCCGGAGCUUCCCGGAGUCCUACCCCCAGCUGCCCAAGAUGGACACGGUGGAGAACAGCCUGCUGCAGAAGCGCGUGCUGGAACUGGCGGCCAUGCUGGACGUGCAGAGCCUCUUCUUCAGCAGCACGCUGGACGGAUGCUGAGCCCCGGCCCCAGCAGCACCGGCCUACAGCGGAUGCUCGAAGGCCCCUUCUCUUCCCUUGCACUGAUUUUUCAAAGGUUGUGGACUUUGCUACGGUCCAGUUCUUUUCGUUUUCUCAUUAGUCGACAUCUUUUCUACUUCAAUAAUUAUAAUAAUAGUAAUAAUAAUAGCCGAUCAUCCUUAGAAUAUAUUUUUCUACACGUGGUCAAUUUUAUAUUGCAGUUUUUGAUCAUUUGGGUUCACACACAGGCAGGCAGCAGGCAGUUAGGGGCCCACACAAACACAUUGAAGGAUGCUGCUUCGAAAGAUUAAAUAAGAAGCAGUGAUUAAAAGGCUUGGACGUCCAGGCUCAGGGGGGCCUUAUAAUGAUUCUGGUUCUGCGAGCAGGAACAACCGUUUAGCGAAGUGCCUUUGUCAUCCUCUACCUGUAAACAUUCAGCAGGUCUGGAUGAACUCAAAGGCUUUGAUGACUCAUUGACCCCAUGUUGAGAUCUUAGGGUUUACAGCGCUGCUUCAAAGUAUGUGAAGCCCUUGUGGCCCUUAGUUUUACCACGAAAUGGUUAUUUAAUGAGGAUCAGUGUUUCUCAGGUGACGCAACAGGUGUAAAAAUCAAUUCCAUAUGGAAAAUUGUGUGCGUAGUAGAAAUACACGAGUAGGGCAGGUGUAAAAAUAAGUGAAGCCCAAGUUGAACUGGGUAAACUGAGUAGGUAAGUGGAGCCAGGGGUGUAAAUCUCUCACACACACACAGUCUUAAACCGCUUGUCCCAAGCGGGGUCGCGGCGAGCCGGAGCCUAAUCCGGCAACGCUGGGCGCAAGGCUGGAGGGGCAGGGGACGCACCCAGGACGGGACGCCGGUCCGUUGCAAGGCGCCCCAAGCGAGACUCGAACCCCAGACCCACCGGAGAGUAGGCCCUGGUCAAACCCACUGCGCCACCGCACCCCUCCCUGUAAAUCAUCAUUAUUUAUUAAUUUUAUAAAGAGAUUUCUUUUCAAGAUUUAGAUCUGAUAAGUUUAUUUUGAUAUUUUAUAUAACAAUAAUGACCUUCCCUAUAUAGUUCACAUACUUUCAAGCAGGACUGUAUAUGUGAACUCAGAACCCCAGUAAGAGCCAGUAAUAGAGUGUGUGCAGACCUUGAUCGUGCACCCUGGUAAAAGGGUAAAACUAGUGGCAGCCUUCAGGGGUAAAAAAAAAAUAAAGAAAUAAAUGAAAAAACACGAUAUGGUGCUAGAAACAACACUUUCACACAAUUGUUUCUGAGUCCAGGUUCGAAGUGCUGCCAUUCUCAUCCCCUACAUGUGAAUUACGAAAAUCAAAUAAGUGCCAGAUUUGUUACAUUCAUCCUGUUUCGUUGCGAGUUUGUUUUUUAAUGUUGAUUAGGAAAAGAAAUACAAGUAAAGGAAGCGGCAUGAACAUAGUUACAGAGAAAUAUAAUAUAUAUUUGUAUAUAUUUCAUAUGCGCUGUGACACCAUGCAAGCCCUUCCCUCUCUCCUCAUACUACAGGUGAUGUGACCCGCUCUGCUUUGCCUUUGACCUUUGUGGGUCAUUCACACCUCUUCAUAUAAUUUGUAUAUUCGAAAUGGUUAAUAAUCAGUCAUAGCUCAACAACUAAUCGAGGUUUUUUCUGUAUUUAAACACAUUUAAUAGGUACAUAUUGUGCUGUCGCUCAGCAGAACCUGGUGCUUUUCGAGUCGUCACUCACAACAUAAGACGAGACUCGCUGUCUUACGGGGACUUGCGGGACAACGAUAUUAAAACUGAGAAAUAAUUGUCAUUUGUUCGAGAACCAAAGAGACCUGAAAUAUUAUUUAAGCUCCUUUCUAUGGUUUAAUGUUUGCUUUAAUGUACAUCCCUAAUAAAAGGCUGUGGUGUCCUGGUGCUUUAAUCUAUUUCUACCGUUAUCUGACAAGAAUUUCAGUAUCUUUCUUGGUCUCCUUAUGGUUUGAGAUGAGAUGUAAUCAAAGCGGGUAGUAUAGCAUGUAGUGUAACAGCAGGUGGCGUAGUGGCUAGAGCGCCGAUGUGGUUAGAGGUCCCAGUUUUGAAUCCAACUUCAUGCUGCAGUAUGCUUGAUCAAGGUACUCGUCCUGAAUUGGUCCAGUAAAAAAUACCCUACUGUAAAAAUGGGUAAAUCAACAUAAGCAGUUCAACAUUGCAAGCUGUUUUGGAGAAAAGCAUCAGCUAAAUAAAUAAAUACGAUGUAAGUGAGGUGCUGAAAAGCACAGGGAUCAUUGCGAUGAGACAGAUUCAGUCCUAAUAUAAGAAACCGGCAUCUGAUUUUGUAAAAUAUAAGACUCAUAUUGCAAAUACAACACACACAUUUUCAUUGUAGAAGUGCUCCUGUGUAACACACAUAGACCUUUUCGACACAGUCUCUUUAUCGAUGUCUGAUGGCAUGUUGAAAAUUAAGAUGUGGGUUUUUUUUUUUUUUUUUUUUUUGUAAAUGUAAUUUGUGGGGCUAAUCUUGUUACUGGGUUAGUAGAGGUAUUUUUUCUGAGGUUCCUACUAUUGUGGGAAGGUAUAAAAUACACACUUUAAUGGUCAGAAUACUCUUUCUUUAUAAGUUAAGGGGUUCUAGAACUAGUACUUUCAACUGCUUGCUGUUUUAUCCUGUCUGUCUUUAUCAUAAUGUUGUUUUCACUGUUACAAGCGUACGCUUCCUGAUGUUGUUAAUAACUGAUAUAAGAAGAAAAUAUAAAUAUAACUGGAAAAUGUCUUUUAGCAAUUCAUGCAGUGCUUUUAAGAAAUAAAUAAACCUUAUGAUUGUUCAGUUUCUA